GACCGCUCAUAGAGCUCCGAUCGACGUAUCGACUGCAAGGCGCUAUGAAGCAUACCUCUGAGAGACGUUCCCCCCAUUUGAGAGGAAUCCGUCUCUUCGUCCAUAAAUUGCGGUUUUAUGGUAGCGACGCUAUUAGCGGAACAGCCUUUUUUUCUAUCAAUUUCGAUCGUUAAAUUUGAAAUUCCGUGCAUGGACGCGAACUAUUCGAGUUUAGCGAUUUUGAGAAGGAACGGCUCGACCCUCGACGAGCACGUUGCACAAGAUGCCGUACCACGGUCAACACGGUCUACUUCCUCCGUCUUGUUACGGGAACCUUGCGGCGAACGACAUAUUACGCACGUGACAUUUAGCGAGAACCAGAGAGAGACACGCUUUGACGCGAUUCCAAACGAGACAGGAUGACUCUUUGAUCGGUCGCGCAUUUUGGCACCGUCGUCGACGUACGAUGCCAGCUGUUGCCGAAUCCACCGAGUAUCGAGCACGCCUGGACGAAGGCUGAAUAAAAUGUAACGGGAACUCGAAAGAGUUACGCGAGCCCCGACAUUGUUUCCAACCGCGUAUUCCGUACGAAUUUCAAUCGCGACCGACUCGUUUCCAUUUUCGAAAGCGAGAGCACGUUGAAAAACGAUGGUACAAUAGUUCCGCGAACAGAGAGUGUCGAACGGAUCUUAUACGCCCCGUUGGUUCUUCCGUACUUUGAAUAUGCAUCCCAGGCUUGGAACGCUUUGCAAUUGUGUCGCACUAAGCUGCUCGAGAGUGUACAACAUAAAUUCCUAAGAAUCAAGCUCGUCGAAGAUGAGAUCGUGCGAAAGUCUAGCGACGAUCGUCUUCGUCCUGUUGCUGUCGAUGGUGAGAGGCAUACCGGAUCUCACGGGACUUCCGGUUGGGCCGUAUUGCGCCAGGAAGUAUCCGCGGGGCGAUUGUUGUUCAGGACGCCAGGACGAUUGCAGCGAGCCGAUCCUCACCACGCUAUGCUACUGCGACGAAUUCUGCGACCGGUACAGAGAGGAGGAUUGCUGCCCGGAUUACUGGAGCCAUUGCAAGGGGAUGGAAAUCAAGCCGCCCCUUGGAGAAAUCAGACGAUGCUUGUUCCAGGGAAGGGUGUACAACCACGGUCAAACCUUAAAAGUCAACUGCAACACAUGUCAAUGUUCCUCGGUGGGCGAACGCGCGGAAGUACUCUGCGAGGAGAACCGUUGCCUCCAGGAACGGGAUCUGAUAGACGAAAUCAAUAUUGGAAGUGAGGCCCUGGGUUGGAGAGCUGCGAAUUACACGGAAUUUUGGGGCAGAACGCUCAAGGAAGGCGUACAGCUUCGUUUGGGUACUCUGAAUCCCUCGCGAUCGGUCCACAGGAUGAACCCUGUUAGGCGAAUUUACGAACCGGAUUCGUUGCCGCGGGAAUUCGACGCCAACUCCAGGUGGCUCGAUCAGAUCACCAGAGUCGUGGACCAGGGAUGGUGCGGAGCAUCUUGGGCGAUAUCCGCCGUGCAAGUCGCGUCCGACAGAUUCGCCAUCAUGAGCAAAGGCGCCGACAGCGUCGAUCUCAGUGUCCAGCACUUGCUCUCGUGCAACAAUCGGGGCCAGCAGGGCUGCAACGGUGGCUACUUGGACAGAGCUUGGAUGUUCGUGCGGAAGUUCGGCUUGGUAGACGAAUCAUGCUACCCGUGGAGGGGUUCGACUGAUCAUUGUAAGCUGCGGAAGAGAACGAACUUGAGGGGCGCAGGAUGCCCCGCCGCGACGAAUCCUCUUCGAACGGAACUGUACAAAGUCGGGCCAGCCUAUCGUUUGAGCAACGAGACCGACAUCAUGCAAGAGAUCCUAACGUCAGGCCCUGUACAAGCCACCAUGAGAGUCUAUCAAGACUUCUUCUCGUACAAGUCGGGAGUGUACAGACACUCGGCAAUCGCGGAACGUUACGAGUCUGGAUACCAUUCGGUGAGGAUAAUCGGAUGGGGAGAGGAAUCAUCUUACGGGGGCGGAUCGGUUAAAUUCUGGAGGGUCGCGAACUCCUGGGGCGUCGACUGGGGCGAGGACGGUUUCUUUCGAAUCCAAAGAGGGACGAACGAGUGCGAGAUCGAGUCGUACGUUCUGGCCGUGUGGGCGAAAACCGUUUAGAGGGCGAAAAGUUUCGACGUUCGAGGUUCAAUGUUCGCCGUUCACCGGAAACUCCGCGACAGACAGUGCAUUUAUCGACUCGUCGUCGUACCGUCGAGACGCUCGUCUCGACGUUAUCGUUACGCGAAAUCAUGUACAAACUAGAAUCGAUAAACAUCCGUGCACGAUCAACGAACCGGCCCGUUCCUCCCGCGAUGGGACUCGGACAGUCGGUUGUUCCCGCAAUAACGUCGAUUACGAAAGAUGCAGUUGGAAUAAUUCGUACAUUCUAAUCGUACGUAUGUAUUUGCGUGUUUGUACGGAAUAAAGUGCCAAAAUACA